ACUUGCAGUUUUUUUCUUCUUCACGUGGAACUGUGGACGUGUGUCGCUGAAAUUCUGGAUUGAAAAACGCUGUACUGGCUCAUUUCAUCAUUAUGGCAGACAACGAGGGAAAUAAUGAAGGGAAUGCACCAAUUUCUAAGAAAGCCCAGAAGAAAGCCCAGAAAGAGGCAGAAAAAGCAGCUAAGAAGUCUGAAAGAAAAGCACAACAGGCUGAAGCAUCUAAAGCUGAAGAAGCUGACUUUGCUGAAAAUUGUUAUGGCAAUUAUCCUCUGAUUCAGUCACAGAAUAAGAUAGAGAGGAAAAUCUAUCGAGUUGAAGAACUCACCGCCGACAAAGUGAAUCAAAAGGUGUGGAUCAGGGCCCGCUUACACACUAGUAGGAGCAAAGGUAAACAGUGUUUCCUUGUGCUCCGACAACAGCAAUUCAAUUGUCAAGGUCUGCUUUGUGUCAGUGAUAAAGUUAGCAAGCCUAUGGUCAAAUUUGCUGCCAAUAUUACAAAGGAAUCCAUCAUUGAUGUGGAGGGUGUGAUAUCUCCUGUACCUCAGCCAAUUGAGAGCUGUACCCAGAAGGAUGUAGAGCUUCAUAUUGAACAGAUCUUUGUGGUGAGUCCUGCUGAGCCCAGGCUGCCCCUCCAAAUUGAUGAUGCUGCCAGGUCAGAAGCAAAGGAAGAUGAAGAUUCCUCGCAUGUGACGGUCGGGCAAGAUGUCCGCCUUGACAACCGUGUCCUGGAUCUCAGGACCACAACUAACCAGGCCAUCUUUCGUCUUGAGGCUGGAGUAGUUCAAGAGUUCCGAUCAGCGAUGAAGAAAAGAGACUUUGUGGAACUCCAGAUCCCGAAAAUCAUUUCAGCUGCCAGUGAGGGUGGAGCCAAUGUAUUCACUGUGUCUUACUUUAAGAACAAUGCCUAUCUUGCUCAGUCACCUCAACUCUACAAACAGAUGGGAAUAGCUGCUGAUUUUGAGAGGGUCUUCACUAUAGGAGCAGUUUUCAGAGCAGAAGACUCUAACACCCAUCGUCAUCUCUGUGAGUUUGUCGGCAUGGACAUGGAGAUGGCCUUCCAAUAUCACUAUCAUGAAGCCCUGGAUGUCAUUGGGAAUGUCUUCAACGAUAUUUUCCGGGGUCUUCGAGAUAAUUUCCAGACUGAAAUUCAGACUGUGAGACGCCAGUUCCCUUCGGAGGACUUCAAGUUCCUUGAUCCCCCUCUUCGUCUUGAGUGGCCUGAGGCCAUCAAGAUGCUGCGUGAUGCAGGCGUUGAGAUUGAUGACCUGGAAGACCUCAGCACCCCUAACGAGAAGUUUCUUGGGCGGCUUGUGAAGGAGAAGUAUGACACAGAUUUCUACAUAUUGGACAAGUUUCCACUCUGCAUCCGACCUUUCUACACCAUGCCUGAUCCAAACAACCCGCAAUACUCCAACUCAUAUGACUGUUUCAUGAGAGGAGAGGAGAUCAUGUCCGGUGCUCAGCGAAUCCACGAUUCAAAGUUCCUCCUGGAGAGAGCUAAUCAUCAUAACAUAGAUAUUGAGAAGAUCAAGGCGUACAUUGAUGCCUUCCGAUAUGGAGCACCACCACAUGCUGGUGGUGGGAUAGGAUUGGAACGUGUCACCAUGUUGUACCUUGGUCUGGAUAAUAUCAGAAAGACGUCACUCUUCCCUCGUGACCCUAAACGUCUUACACCAUGAGAGGGCGUACUCUCUUUCUAUGUGUGAUUUUUAAUUUCUUAUUACCUUUGGUGAAAAGCACCAUUUAGAAACAGAUAUCUUGUCUUUUCUAGGUAGUUAUAUUUUAAUGAGUAUGUGUAACAUACAACUUAAAUAUUUGAUGUCAAGCAAGUUCUCUCUCACAUCUUUUGUCGUAUUCUUAUCUUUUAUUCCCAACUUACAUCCACACUAAACAAGAAGAAGGCCUUCAUGAUUUAUUGAUGAUAAUGUUUUUCCUUUGCAAAUGCAGGAUAAUUUCUGUACAGGGUAUUAUGAGAUUGUAUACAAAUAGCGCAUGCCUCUGAGUGCAUUGGGUCUAACUAUAAAUGCAUGCUAUAACUUCUGAUUCAUCGCUUUGGACAGUUCUGAAGUUAUCAGAUGUGCCAAUGUGAACCGAUGCACUAACAGAAGCCUUGCAUUAUUUGUUUAAAUAAGAUAAGAUAUAGAUUCUUGUUGAUCGAUACAUGAAGUGAAAUCUACAUGUAACAUUAGGAACAUUAGAUUUUCUACCUACUAUGCAGCAUACUGGCAUUGAUCAUGUCCCUUGAACAUAGGCAUAGGAAAACAUGUAGGCAUGCCGCUAGUAUUCAGAAAAUUCUUCCCAUGUUAUUUUCCCUCUCAACUCGAUAUUUUUGCAUUUUAAGCAGGUACAUGCAUGUAUGGGUUGUAUGAAUCUCUAUUACCCAUUAUAAGAUCUAAUAAAAUAUUUUUUGUAUAAGCCUAUUGUUCAUCCUUUCCUUAUUGUACACUCCAUUCAUUUCCUGUCAAAUUUCUUUUCCGAUGGAAUUCCUUUUUUUUCUUGUGUUCCACCUUUGGAAGGUAUAAGGUUAUCUCAUUGUAACAAAUAUUUUGACAAUAUAUUUUCUAUUCAUGUUUUCUUUAUGAUUGCUUUUAGCAUGUACUUUAAACAUUUUGAAUUUGUUAUGAUCUUUAUUUGCAUAUUUAUGAGGGCUUGAGAGGUUUACCGGUACUUUUCGUGUUCCUUUUUCUCAGCUUUGUAAAAUCAUAAUCCUGAUCUUCCUGCCCUCACAAAUUUUAUGAUAGAAGAAAAGCAUAUUAUAAAGUAAUUCUUAAUAUGUUUAUUCUUUAAAAAAAUGUCAAAAUAUGUGUUUGUUAGUAAAAAAAAAAAGCCAUAAUGCUUACCACAUGUACCCUAUGAAUUUCUGUGCUGUUUUAGAGAAUUCUUUAUUCCCCUUUGAAAAUUGUAAUUUAAAAAAAAUCUGGAAAAUAAAUGGUGAACCGAAGUUACUGGAACAGGCUGAAUACAUUUAUGUCUUCAAAUUAGUAAUCCUUCUUGCCUUUACUUUAUUGGUGAAGAAGAGGGAUGUUUUAUCCAAUUUCAAAGAUGUUCCAUUUCCAAAAUAUUCUGACCAUUGGUAUUUACUGGUAGUCUUCAUCAUUUUGAAGCUUGACCCGGGGUUUAUGCUUGUAACACUCAGCUGUGGAAAAA